CUCUAUGUAAUGUUAACCCAUACCCGUCUGUUGUUCACCGUUUCUUUCUGUUCGCCUUGGGGUAGUGCUUGAUUACAAAAGCAAAAUUCGCACAAAAAAAUGCAAAUGCUCUGUAGAUCACUAGUACCUUCUGCCAUGGCUGCUCUCCCUUCUUCCGAGAAUCUACGAGAGGGGAAAAGAUGAAAGGAGAAAGUAAUCAUAUAGAAAAGCUAGGGGAAAGUUCAGGAAGAAUUUGUCAAAACUGGAAAAAAGCUGAAUCAACCAACUUAGGAACUAUGCCUCUUCAGGAUAAUGUUUGGGAAAAGAAGGCGAGAAGAAUGGUCUGUGUAUGGCCAGGUAUAAGGCAACUAUGCCUUAGGAAAAACCUUAUGUAUGGGUUUAUGCAGCUCUUUUCAUUUCCAUUCAAAACAUUGAGAGGCGUGAGUCGAUCUCUUGGUGUUUCUCAUUUGUGUAGCAUUUCCAACAUGUCUACAUCAUUGCAAAUUGAAUUAGUACCAUGUCUGAAGGACAAUUAUGCAUAUCUUUUGCAUGAUUUAGAUACUGGAACAGUUGGAGUUGUUGAUCCUUCAGAAUCUCUACCAAUAAUUGAUGCCUUGAGCAAGAACAAUCGAAAUCUCACCUACAUUUUAAAUACUCACCAUCAUUAUGAUCACACUGGUGGGAAUAUGGAUUUGAAAGCGAGGUAUGGGGCAAAGGUAAUUGGAUCCAAUAUAGACAAGGAUAGAAUACCUGGAAUUGAUAUCAGCUUGAAUGAUGGUGACACAUGGAUGUUUGCUGGACAUGAGGUGCAUGUGAUUGCAACCCCGGGCCACACCAAAGGCCAUAUUAGCUUCUAUUUUCCAGCCUCUCGUGUAAUUUUCACUGGAGACACUUUAUUCAGCUUAUCAUGUGGCAAACUAUUCGAAGGAACACCUGAACAGAUGCAUUCGUCCCUAGAAAAGCUAACAUUGUUGCCAGAAGACACAAAUAUAUACUUUGGUCAUGAAUAUACAUUGAGUAAUUCAAAGUUUGCAUUAGCUGUUGAGCCUGGGAAUUUGGAGCUACAAUCAUAUGCAGCCAACAUAGCCAAUCUCAGGAAAAAACACUUGCCCACGGUUCCAACCACCUUAAAGAAGGAAAAGCUAUGUAAUCCUUUCUUGCGUACUUCAAGUCAAGCAAUACGCAGCGCGUUGAAAAUUCCAGUGGAUGCAACUGAUGCAGAGGCCUUGGGAGUCAUCCGAGAAGCCAAGGAUAAUUUCUAAAUAAAUUCCCAUAAUCAUAAUACCCUUUUCUCUACUGUCAUGCACAUAACAAAUUAGGUCUAGCAUUUUGGAAUUUGUGUUAGCAACUAUACACUAAACUUAGUGUUUG